CAAAAAAUAAAAUUAACGAAAAAUCUAAAAAAAAAGGUGAAGAAAAAGCAGAGAAUAAAAGGAAGAGAAGACCGGAUGUUGACAAAUAAUAUCAUGUCACUGUUGAUAGAAGGGUCGUUUGUUUAUGUGAUUUUGGGAUCUUUCUUUUUCUCUCUAUAAACAAUCUUCUUUUAUCGCUCACAAAAGAAGCAGAAGCAGAAGAGAAGAAUAAAGGAGAUUUCUUUUCAUCUCCGGAAAAUUUUUUGUUUGGUGAGAGAGAGAGAGAAGAGAGAGAAGAGUGGCCCAGUAGAUCGAAGAUGACGAUCUAAUUUUUUCCAUUAAUGGUGUUUACGCUAUAACUAUUAUACCCAUACUUUAUUUUAUUUUGGUUUCAAUUCUCCCCAGAGUAGAGAUUCGAAAUUUUUCUUAUUUUUCUUUUGAUUCAGAGAUUUUUCCUUUAUUUUUUUCUUCUCUAAUUUCACUUUGUUGAAACUUGUAAAAUUCUCAUUUUUGGUCUUCUGAAGAAAGUAUCGAGGCGAGUUGGCGAUAAGAGGAUGUGGGUUUGAGGAAUGGGAACAAAGGUGCACUGUGAAAGCUUAUUACCUGGAUAUCAUCACUCUAUGAGAGAUCUCAACAACGAAUCUAACGGUUGUAGAUGGCCAUUGUUCUACGGUGACAAUCAAACCUCGGCGAAUGAUCAAUCCUACAAUGGCUUCCCGUCCCAGACUACAACAUUCGGGUAUGACAAAGAUGUGGUGAGAAGGACAAUGCUCGAACACGAAGCUGUUUUCAAGACACAGGUUUCGGAACUUCACCGGGUAUACAGGAUUCAAAAGGAUAUGAUGGAUGAACUGAAAAGGAAACAGUUUAAUAAAGAAUGGGGUCAAGCUGAGGCAUCAUUUUCAUCUCAAGCUACUAAUGAUGAUGUCCAUAGAUGGAAAGCCCCUGCUUUCCCUUCGGCGAACUCGGUUUACGACAGACCAUCCAUGUCGGUGGUUGAGGAUAAUGGCCAUUCCCCCAUGAAAGGAAGCAAUUCUCAAGGGGUCGUCGGCUCAUCAUUUCCAUGGCAAAAUGGAGCUAGCUCCAAAAAUGUUGAGACUUUGGAGGUUAGACCGACGAAGAUCAGAAAAAAGAUGAUAGAUCUUUGUCUUCCAGCUGAUGAGUAUAUCGAUGACUCCGAAGAUGUUGUGGAGUUGAAAGAUCACAGGGUUUGUGGCACAUCGAGUCAGCUUCCUAAUGGAAAUAUGAAGCUUGAACCUCGCGGAGAUAGUUUGAGAGUUGGCUAUGGGCUGAGUAGUAGAAGCAGCAAUGGCUUGGCUGAUCUGAACGAACCAUUUAAGGCUCAAGAAACGAAUGAGUUUGCUUAUGGCCAUUCCCGUGACUUGCGUAAUGGCGAAUUUCAAGGCCAUAUUCGUGACUACGGCAAGGCUCUGAACUCGGGCAGUGUAAGGGAGCAUGUUCCUGUUAUCUCUCUGCAUCCAGAUGAGAACUGUAAACCGAAAGUUUGGCCAAAUCAGUCCUCCAGAAUUGAUCAUUACAGUGGCAGUGGCACACACAAGUCUGCUACUCCAUUUCGUCAACCGGCCAAGCCAUUGGAUCCACCGUCUCAGCCUAUGCAAGCUUUGAUGAACAGUUCACAAAGAGUGAUGGGUUUACCUAAUUCUGGUCCUCCAAGCAAGGCAGUCUUGUGGAGAGAACGGACGUUUAUUGACCUAGAAGCUGAUACUGAUACUACCAACACUAGUCACGAAGUCAUCCAUGAAUCAAGUUUGCCUUCUCAUCAACCACAACACUUAUAUCCAUAUAAUCCUCAAGAUUCUGCUGUCCCCUGGAACCAUUUGCAUUCUUCCUGGCAAAAUACUAGCUUUGCCUUCCCUCAGAGAGUUGUGUCAGCGCAGAGAUACCCGGUUCUAAACAUGUCUGACACAGUGAGUGGUAGUAAUGCACAGAAACAAGGGUGUCUCGGAGACAGAUUACAGUUUGAAAGCAAUUCUAGAUAUAACUCAGGGUGUGGUAAUACCAGUAGGUCAAACCACAACAUGUUUUACAAUGAGUGUUCUUCUUCAUCCAAAUCGAAAUUCUAUGGGGCUGGCUAUGUUUAUCCUAACGGAGGAAGAAGUGAUUACAGCCCAGCAAAUCCAUUCAUGGAUUCAAAUGGCUCGGAGGUGAAGUUUGUGAGAGAUUUGAACUUAAAUGUGACACUUUCAAACACUUCUGUUGUUGAAGUCAGAAAAGAUGAAGAACAUCUGGCUGCUUUACCAUGGCUUAUUAAACCCAAUCCUUCUUGUAACUCCGAGGUGGCUGAUGGGAAAUGGAAUCUGAAGAGUGAUGAUGCUGUUCCGAGUUCUUCUUUGAAACCAUUGGAUAUCAAAGAUGUGGUAGGAAGCAAAGUUCAGAGUCGUAUGUGGCUAGAGAGCUUAAAGUCUGCUUCUUGUUCAAAUCAACCGGAGACUGAGAAGAUCAGUGAUAUAUCGAAAAUUCCUGGAUUUGCUUAUAGAGAUCAGUCCAAUGCAGAGAGAGAUAAAGUUAGGAUGCUAGACAUCAACGAACCGUGUGAACCUCUUUCGGAUGAAGAUCAGCAAACGGAGGAACUGACAGGGACAAAGGUUUCGGCUAGUAAUAAGUGUCAUAUUGAUUUGAACAUGUCGCUUAGUGAAGACGAAGAUGAAAACUGGUCUGUUCCUAGCAGUUCAAGACUGAAUUCAAAGAAACCCAUGAUAGAUUUAGAAACUGUUCCUGAGUCUGAUGUUGAAGAAGAUGAUGAUGUCUACGGAGAAAAACCGUCAGAAGAGACCCCAGCCGAGGAAAAAACUGUGGAGAAACCGCCCGAGUUUGAAAAUAUAGCAGCAGAGACAAUAGUUGCCAUUUCUUCAGCUUGCUUAGAUAGAGAGCUUGAAGUUGUUGCUUCAUCAGAAGCUCCAGAAACCAUCAUCCUUCACUGGUUUGCAGAAACAGUAAAUACUCACAGGGAGAAUCUGGACCAAAAGCUCGCUUCUUUCUCGAGGAAUCAAGCGCGUUCAAUCGAAGAGAUUGAUUACUUCGAGGCAAUGACCCUGCAACUAUCUGAGAUCACAGAAGGUGAGUACAUGCCUAAGCCAUUAGUCCCUGAAGACCUCAAAUUGGAGGAGACCUCAGGAACCCCGAUGGUCACGAGCCAAAGACCAAGAAGAGGAAACGCGAGAAAAGGAAAACAGAGACGGGACUUUCAAAGAGACAUCCUGCCUGGACUUUUGUCCCUUUCGAAACACGAAGUAACAGAGGACAUUCAUAUGUUUGAUGGGUUCAUGAGAGCAACGGGAAGCUCCUGGACUCCAACCGGUUUAACAAGGAAGAAAACGGGUACAAGAGGAAGACCAAGACGGGUCAUAACAAUCACUGAACCGGCCUAUUACCCUGUUCCUGCUCCUGCUCCUGCUCCUUGUCCCUCGGUUCAACAACAUGUGAGCAAUCAAAGCAACAAUGGUGAGGUUGAAAUGGGUUUUGUUGAAGACAGGAGCUUUGCAGGUUGGGGGAAAAUGACAAGAAGGCCGAGAAGACAGCGAUGUCCUUCAACUGUAACUACAAGUAACCAACGUUCAUCAGCAGACGCGCCUUUCUCGUGAUAAAUUGGGAAUAAUUGUAUUUGUUACUAUAAAUAUCAUUUCCGAUUCUUUUGAAAAGGUUGUCGUAUAGAGAGGGAGAUAUUAAUAUCAGACUGUUUGUGAUAGAGACAAUUUCAUCGAGGAAUUUUUUUUUAUUUUCGCUUGGUGAUAUACAUGAAGAAUAUUUUAUUCAUAUAAAGUGACUUUCUUCUUCU